AUGGAAUUAGACACUGGAGCUACUAAGACAAUCAUAAGUGAAGAAACAUACAACAAACUAUGUAAGAAUUUGACACCACUUCGCAAGACAACAGUUGUUCUUAGCACCUACACCGGAGAGAGAAUUCCAGUAGCGGGCGAAGUAAUGGUUCCAGUACGGUAUGAAAACCAACAGCAUAACCUACUCGCACUUGUGGUCAAAGGUCAAGGUCCAAACCUGUUUGGCCGAGAUUGGUUGCGUGUAAUCAAAAUGAACUGGGCCUUAAUAUUCCAAAUAAAUGAAUGUCGUCCUUGCAGUGAAUUGAAGGAAGUUCUUGAAACCCACAAAGAGGUUUUUACCGAAGAAUUAGGUACUUUGGAAGGAACAACAGCAAAAAUCUAUGCAAAUCAAGAUGCACAACCCAAAUUUGUGAAGGCUCGGCCAGUUCCUUUUGCCAUGAAAAUUCCACUGGAACAAGAAUUAGAGAGACUACAGCGAGAGGGAAUCAUAUCUCCAGUUGAAUUUUCAGAUUGGGCUUCGCCAAUAGUGACAGUAGCCAAACCAGAUGGAUCGGUCCGCGUAUGUGGUGAUUACAAAGCAACAAUUAACCAAGCUUCGAAACUAGACAACUACCCAAUACCGAAGACGGAAGAUCUGCUUACAACCCUCAGUGGAAGCCAAAAAUUCACUAAGUUGGAUAUGUCACAAGCCUACCAACAGUUGCGGCUAGACGAGGAGUCCAAGAAGUACACCACAAUUAACACUCAUAAGGGACUUUACCAAUAUAAUCGCUUACCUUUUGGCAUAUCCUCGGCUCCAGGUAUAUUCCAGCGGACACUAGAGAACUUACUUCAAGGUAUUCCAAGUGUCAUUGUGCGAGUUGAUGAUAUUCUUGUAGGCGGUAAAGACGAUGCAGAUCACCUAUCCAAUUUGAAUGCAGUGUUGACGCGACUGUCUGGAGCGGGCCUAAGAUUGAAGAAGAUCAAAUGUUGUUUCAUGGCAUCAGACGUGACAUAUUGUGGCUAUGGGAUAAACAAGAACGGAAUCCAUCCGGUGGUUGAAAAAGUCGAAGCCAUCGCUAAAGCACCAGAGCCAGAGAACAUUAACCAAUUACGAUCAUUUCUUGGAAUGCUAAACUACUAUCACAGAUUCUUACCAAAUGUGGCAACGAUCCUAGAGCCACUACACAGACUACUACGACAGGGAACCAAGUGGGAGUGGGGAGAAGAGCAAAAGGCGGCAUUUGACUAUGCAAAAGAGCUCCUACAAUCAGCUGACUUACUCAUUCAUUUUGAUCCGACCAAGCCGUUAAUCUUAGCGACAGAUGCAUCGAAUUACGGAGUUGGGGCCGUUUUGUCACAUGUAUUUCCUGAUGGGACAGAAAAACCGAUAGCGUAUGCCUCAAGGUCUUUAAACGCAGCUGAGAGAAAUUAUUCGACAAUCGAAAAGGAAGCAUUGGCCACGAUUUUCGGCGUUAAGAAGUUUCACAAAUUUCUCUACGGACAGUCAUUUACCAUCAAAACAGACCAUAAGCCAUUAGAAGGGUUACUCAGCGACAAAAAAGGAGUCCCCACUCAGGCAGCACCACGAAUUCAACGAUGGGCCCUCACACUAGCAGCAUACGAGUACAAGAUACAAUAUAAAGCCGGGAAAAACAAUGGGAACGCAGAUGCAUUGAGUAGACUACCCCUACCAAAGAUGCCACUGUCAACGCCACAGCCAGGUGAAACAAUCCUCCUGAUGGAACAUUUGGAGGAAACACCAGUCAACAACAAUCAGAUAAGAGAGUGGACCAAACGAGAUCCAGUUAUGUCAAAAAUCCUUCGUUUCACAAUGCAAGGUUGGCCAGAGUCCUAUGAUUCCACAACAUUUAAAUCUUACCACAGCAAAAAGUUUGAGUUAAGUGUGGAGGAUGGCUGUUUACUCUGGGGUACGAGAGUUAUCAUUCCACCCCCAGGACGAUCAAAGAUCUUAACGGAGCUGCAUGAAGCACAUCCAGGGGUUUCCCGCAUGAAAGCCCUCGCAAGAAGCUAUGUGUGGUGGUCUACUCUUGAUGAAGAUAUUGAGAGGGAAGUGAAGAAUUUCAAUCAGUGUCAAUUGCAUCAUACAACUCCAGCUGCUGCACCACUCCAUCCAUGGGAGUGGCCAGGACAUCCCUGGACACGGCUUCAUAUUGAUUAUGCAGGACCAUUCAGAGGUGAAAUGUUUCUGGUAGUGGUUGAUGCAUAUUCUAAGUGGCUAGAAGUUCACCAGAUGACAUCCACUACGUCUACAGCAACCAUUGAGAAACUACGCGAGAUUUUUGCCACACAUGGGCUACCGACAACAGUUGUCAGUGACAAUGGAACAAAUUUCACGAGCAAUGAAUUUGAAGAAUUUAUGAAGCGAAAUGGUAUUAAACACAUCAAAGUUUCACCAUACCACCCAGCAUCAAAUGGGCAAGCAGAGCGUGCAGUGAGAAUUUUUAAAGAGGGCAUUGAGAAGAUGAAGGAAGGAAGUAUGAGAACAAAAUUAUCGCGGGUGUGCCGCCAGCGGAGCUGUUGAUGGGCAGACACCUGCGUACUCAGUUGGAUCUGAUACAGCCAAACCCUGGAGAUCGGGUGAGGGAAAAACAAUCACAGCAAAAGGCAGUACAUGACUAUCAUGCUAGAGAACGGAUUAUCAAAACCGGGAACCUAGUAUAUGCGAAAGAUUUCAGGAAACCUAAAAGUUGGAUGCCCGGGACGGUAGUGAAGAAGACACGACCAGUGUCGGCAGAAAUACAGCUUGAUGAUGGUCUAAUUAUCCGGCGUCACCAAGAUCAUCUCCGCAUUCGCACUGAUGUUCCUCAAACAACUAUAGCGAGUGGAUUGGAAGACAUUCAACUACCAACCAGGGAGGUGAAUCCUGCAGAACCACGGGAAGAACCCGAACUUGAAGCGAGAGCAGAACAAAGAAGACAACCCCAUAGAGACCGUCGUCUUCCUCAACAUUUGCAGGACUAUGAACUAGCAAACACAUAAGUUGAACUUGUUAUAAACCAUUAUUUAAUAUGACAUUUAGUUAAAGUUGACAUUCUAUUUUUGUUAGAUACAGAGUAGUUCAGAUUAUUGGACACUGGAAAGGGAGGAGUGUAGUAUCCCAGGAUCCUUUGGAGGUUCGGGCCAUGGUGUACUGAGAGACAGAACUGGGUGGUUAUAACACACAGGGUGCUAUUUUAUCUCCACUCUUGUUUAGCAUCUAUGUAAACGAGUUACCACUGGCCCCACAUCACAGCGCCCUUAAUUAAUAUGUCGAUGAUUCAAAAUGUUCUUGUCAUUUCGUGUUAAAGACGCGACUGACACAAAAGAGCACCUACAGGAAGAUCUCAGCCGAGUAUAGCAACGUGCUGCUCUGAACUUCAUCUACUUAUUAACGCGGGGAAAACCAAGUAUUUACUUAUCGGAACGCGACAACAGUUACAAAAUCUCCCUACAGACAUGUGUCUAAACUUUCUAGGCGAAACUAUCAGGCCAGCUAGUUCAUUCAGCCAAGGAUUUAGGAUUAAUAAGGGACACCAACAUGUCAUACGAUUGCCAUACCACCGAAUUAGUCUCCUCUUGCAUGUCCAAAUUGUCACAAAUCAACCGAGUAAGCAAAUGUUUUGAUAAAGAAACUAUGUUCCUCUUGGUAUCAGCAUUGGUAAUGAAUAAACUUCUUUAUUGCUCCUCUGCUUGGUCGAACACUUCGCCCAAAAAUAUUAACAAACUACAACUGGUACAAAACUUCGCGUGUAGGAUCAUGACAAACAGGAAGAAGUUCGAUCAUAUCUCACCAAAACUGCAAGAACUGAAUUGGCCUCCAGUUAAGGAACACUUACUUUUUAGAGAUACAGUUUUGAUGUACAAGUGUAUUAACAAUCUAGCCGCACCUCACUUGUGCAAUAAAUUUAGUAAACGAUCAAAUAUACAUGAAUGUAAAACUCGUAACCAAGAGCUCCUCCAAAUACCGAUUUAUAAUAUCACCACUGGCCAGAGAACAUUUCAUUAUGGAGGGGCGAAACUAUGGAAUGAUCUGGACAAUAACACUAAACAAAUGCCAUCUUUGAGAAGUUUUAAGAAUAAAUUAAAGAAAGACAUGUUAGACAGACUGUAUUCUUAGUAAUGGACUAUUUUAAUAAUAGAAGAUUUUUCCUAGUAAUUAAAUUUUUAUAUAUGUAAUCUUAACCUUGUUUUUAAUCACUAUUCCAUGUAAAUUAGUGUUGAAAAGCCACUUUGAGGAACACAAUAAAUUUAUGUAUGUAUGUAAUAUAAGCGAGGGGUUGUUGCAUGUAUGUAUUUCUAGUGCUUUUAGAAAACGGAAUACUCUAGAAGGCAGAUGGAGUGGUAAAUGUCGAAAUUUCAACUAGAUAAUGGAUGCUCUUGCCUCUUGGGAUUGUCGAUUACAUAUAGUUUAGUGGACGUGCAUGACAUUGAAACUGGUUUGCGUUUGUCUACACAAUUUUGAGAUAUUUGAGCAAUGAACAAACUUCAAAUUUACAAUCCCAUGUGCUUUUACGCUGCACCCCUGUAUAUUACUCGCGUUUGUGAGAAAUAUCUCAGGGAUUUGUUGAGUACAUGUACAGCAUGUAAGUAUAGGUAAUACUAGCAUGGUUUUGAGUGCAAUUUGGAUAUAGCAUGGCCGAGUGAGUUUUUCAAAGACCUCAAAAUAGCACGAAUGCGACGGACGAAUAUACUAUUAAAAUUUUGAGGUCUUUGAAAAACUCACGAGCGCAUGUUAAUCCAAACGAGAAACCAUGCUAUUACUUAUUAACUAGAAAUACAUGCAUGCAACAACCCCUCGCCUAUAUUUUCCAAACAUUGUUUCAACAUGAAGUUUUCGUAACUACGCCAACACUGAACGCAGGCUCGCGUUGCGUGCAUGUUAGCCGUCAUGGCAACACGAUAAUUAUUUUUUAAAUUUUUGUACAAACCGGGAAAAAUAGAUGAAAUUUGAACACUUUUAAAUACAGAACUAUCAAUUUCUAAAAUAUAUAAAGUACGUAUAAUAUUUUCGUUAAUUCUAUGGGCUUUAUUUUAAUGUAAAAUUCAAAACGAAACUCUACGUAAAACGUUUUUAAAUGUGAAUUGAAAUUAACUGCUUUUUGCCGAUAUUUAUAAACUUCUCAACUCGAGCUUCAACUUGUUACUCGCACUUUGAAAUGAAACAAAUUUAAUUCGUACAGGACGCGCUAAUGAAAAAAAUUUGCUUUCCUUUUUAUCAUGAACUUCUACAAAAGUUAAUUUAACUAAGAAACUUUCGCAAACAAUGCAUAGGAAGGAAAGACUUGAACAUCAACAACAAAGUCUAUAUUAUUAAAUACAAAGUCAUACAUAAACAAUUGAAACAAACUUGCCCUAUACUUUAGGACUUAUCAUACAACAUGUAUCACUUAUUUACUGAGACCGAGGGAAACAGUGUGUUUUGUGGACCCGAGACCGCCGUUGUUGCCCGAGGCGAAGCCGAGGGUAACAAGUAACAACGGCGGUCGAGGGGCCACAAAACACAUUGCUUUCCCGAGGUCUCAGUGAAUAAGUGUUUUGUUAUAUAGGAUAUAAGUGUCAAAAUAUGUAUAAUUCACCGGUUAUUGGAGUGAACUUAAUUUGAAACCAAAACUGGAUAAAUGGAACGCCGUAAAUGUUUAGUAAAAAGUUUAAAAAUGAACUUUGGAACUUCAUGGUUGACACGCAUGCGUAUUCCACCCAUUUUAUUAUUGACCGGUCAAUAAAUGUUUCAUUGCGGACCGGUUACCGAACAUGACGUUUUGUAAACCGGCACUUGACACGGUUUUGACCAAUCGGCGAACAAAAAAAUUGAACUUUGACACUAACUAUAUAACAACAAUUCUUAUCAAUGUUUACAUUUAAAAAUUGCAAAAAAGUUGUACAAUUUGUUAUGUGAAACGAUUUUCCAAGCUUUUUUACAUGUAUUUUUUAUAUUUUUUGCCUUCUUCACUCCUGGCAAACAGCCAUAUUUUGAGAACAGUGAUGACCAUCCACUCAACACCGUUGGUGAGCGCCCACGAUCAUUGAUGAACUUUAGACUUCGCUAAUGCUUUCGUUUCCCCGGGUGUAAAUAGCCGGGGGGGGGGAAUAGUACCCUCACAUAAUUCACAUAAAAAUGUUCGAGACAAUUGUAGUUUAAUAAACAUAGAUAUCGAUCACGUGGCUUUUUUCCAAUUUGCUUUUCAGCGUGAAAUUUCACAAUUUUUUGGUCGUGUUAAAAACAAUAUUUUACCCACUCGCUGCGCUCGUUCGUAAACAUUAAUAUUGUUUUCACCACUCGAAGAUAAAAGACAACAUCUAGCUUGGAGCUAGGAAUUGGCUACCCAAUCGAAUCUUAUGCAUGCUUAAUGGAUCGAUGAUCAAGCAGAUGUUGAUUACAAUUCCGCAAAUGUCCACAUCGUACGUUCUUAUAGGGACAUUGUUCCAGCAAUCACUGCCAAUGGAGAACUACUCGAAAGAACAUCAUCAUUUAAAAUUCUCAAUACAUGGUUAAACGAACGUCUUAAAUGGUCGGAUCACAUUAAAAACUUAUCUUCAUCGUGUUAUGCCGUUUUGUCCGCCCUACGGAAGACGGGGGGCAAGGAUAUUUUCGUGACACGUGAUUAGCAAUUAUACGUAUACAUGCUUCGUGAUUUAAAGAAAUACCAUUCCGUGAAUCGUGAUUAAUAUGCGUGCCCUGAAUCGUGAAGAGCUAAGAAGGCUAGCUAGGGUCUUUAAUUUAUCAAUGGCCUAACUUGUGAAUGUAUACGUUUAAAACUCGGCCCAAUUUUAAUAUUAAGGUUUAAAAAAUGAAACAUUUGUUUCCCGCGGUUGUCUUUCUCGAGGUUUCAUUGUAAACGUUGUUGUCUUAUACCUUCGUACCUCUUCGUAGACGUCGUGAACCAUCGUAAGACGCUCGUAAUGUUUCGUAAUGCCUCGCAAUGAUUUCCAUAGUCCUUUUAAAAGUUCAUAGUCAGUAAAAAGUGUUUGUGUUAACAACGCUUUCUGCUGUCUAGAAAAUCGUUAAAUGGUUUCAGACUUUGCUACGCUUCUGUGUUUCUAAAAUUCGUGAAUAUGAAAUUUUGUUUUUCGUGACUCGUGAAAUCUAAAAAUGAUCUUCGUGAUUUCGUGACGAGACCCCUUUUACGGAAAUUAAAUAACUUGGUUCCACUAGUAAC